AUGUUCGGAACCACUCCACCAUCGCUUUACCACCAUAUGCCGUCCCAAAGCGGAAAUUCAUCAGUCGCCAUGACUGAGUAUGACCACCAUACUCCGCGUGGAUCUGAACAGAGUCUUCCCACUCCAGCUACAACUCCCGAGGCUGAACGGACUUUUUCCACCACGCCCACUGUCGUGGCCGAAUCAACUCCCUCCACAACGCCCACUUUCGUGUCGGAAGAGAGUCUCACGUCUACCCCUGACACUCCCAUAGAUGAGACACCCAAGGAACCGUGCAUCUCUUUCGAACAGGACUUCGACCCCACUGCCAACAUGCAUGACCAAGCUCGCCGCUUGGUGCAAGACCGUCUCGCCCAAGGAUUCGAUCGGUCAGAACUCUUGAUCGAGCAACUGAUCCUUAGAGAGAAGGCAAGGGUUCGACAAAUUCCAAGGCACGACGAUCAUGACGGGCCGUUGAGUGACAUCUGGAGACAUGCACCCGACGUGCAGUCCCCGGAGUUUUACUUUUACACAGCCAUUAUUUUCAGGCUUGAACAAAAUCCGGUCCUCUCCACCACCCGCAGGGGGACACCAUCACAGCUCCCAACGUCGACCGGCCGCACCAACAAUAACCAAAGAGCGCGAUGCGUCAUGUUUUAGAUGGAGGAUGCAAGGAAGUUGGUGGUUAAGGGUGGACAUGGUAAAGAAAAACCAAGCAUUUUGGCAAUUGUUAUCCAUUCAUUAGAGACCUGCCUCACGGCCAGAUAGAUACCUUGGAUAUGGCAUAGCGAGAUUCAAUUACUUUCCGCAUCUUCC